AUGGCAAUAGAAUCAGAGUCGGAUAAUUCUGAAACUGCCACAUCAAAUGUGACAAUUUUGAAAUCUUUGCAUGAAAAAGGAAUUCAUUACAAAGAAAUUAUAGGUAAGGGGACAUUUUCAUCGGUUAGAUGUGCAUGGCAUGAUGAAAUGAAGCAAAAUGUUGCACUUAAAAUUAUCGAUACAAGUUCAAAUUCUGAUUUUAUCGUACGUUUUUUACCACGUGAAAAAAUUAUUGUUCAACAACUUAAUCAUGCAAAUAUUAUCAAAAAUUUUGAAAUCAUAAAUGAGGAACCAUAUGUAUGCUUCAUUCAAGAAUAUGCUAUGCAUGGUGAUCUUUUGCAACGAAUUAAAAAGAAUGAUCGGAUCGAUGAAGAAGAGGGUCGUUUCUAUUUUCGACAACUUAUUGAAGCACUUACGUAUUUGAAAUCAAUCAGUAUAGCACAUCGUGAUAUCAAAUGUGAAAAUGUAUUGUUGGAUAAUUGUGAUAAUGUUAAACUUAGUGAUUUUGGUUUUGCUCGUUUUAUGAAUGCUGAUGAAGUGUCGCAUACAUUUUGUGGAUCUCGAGCUUAUGUUGCACCUGAAUUAUUACGAUCAUGUCCAUAUAAUGGUUUUUUGGCUGAUAUUUGGAGUGCUGGUAUAUUGCUAUAUGUUAUGGUAACUGGUUUUAUGCCAUAUGAUGAUCGAAAUAUUACUAAAAUGCUUGAAAAACAACUACAACAUCGGAUUACAUUUCCACGUCGACGUAAUUUGAGUGUUGAAGUUAAAGAACUUAUCUAUUCUAUGGUACAUCCAGAACCAUUAAAACGACGACCAUAUCAUGAAGUUAUCUUAUCAACAUGGCUUGCUGAUACAAAGUAUGAACUUCGCUCAGAACCAUUCUCGCAGAAAUCUGAUUGA